AUGGCUCAAGAAGAAAAUAUCUUUCUUAAGCAAAAAGAAAUUAAUAAUUUUAGUCAAAUUCUUCAACAAAAUAUUAUUAUAUCUAAUUCCAAGAUAAUUAGAGAAAAAAGUUCUUCUAUUAAUGUUUUAUCUAUUAAUAGUGAAACAGAAAAAAUAAUAAAAACAAUUAAAAAUAUUGAUAUAUUAGAUUCUAAUAAUCAAAAUACAUAUUGUGAAGUUGUGAGUAAAUAUAGUCAAGUUGUAAAUUAUGAUGAAAAUGUAUUAGAAAAUUGGUUGCUUUUUGAUAAAUUAGAUAAUAUUUAA